CGAAAAAAUUCACAUUACUACGCGAUUUGGCACUCCCUCUGCCGGCAGAAUUCGCGUCUGGAGACAUCCUAUCCCUGGAGAUCACCGAGGUCUUUCCUUCUCCAACUAUUAUCUGCUUUGAUAAGCCAAGGAGAAGUAGCAAUGGCGACUUCACCAUCGAACACUGAUGCGCAACUUGUGGCUCCUCCUCAGGAACCUGAUUCUUCGCUCUCUUCUAUCGUCUAUGACAUUUCCCAGCAAGUCCAGAUGGCAAUGGAGAAUAUGCUUAAGAUGAUAAGCGAAGUUGAUCAAAACUCAGCUGGCAUAGUGGAAGACAUAGCAAAAAGCAAGGACUCUGCUCUUGAGAGGAAAAGAGUUUUGGAAGAAGAGAAGGAAAAGUUUCAGAAAGCAGCUUAUACUGUUCUGGACUUGCUCAGCAGGAGUUAAUUGAUGGUGAUGAAAAGUAUAAAGAUAUGCAACACAGUUUGUUUUAACUUUCAUCAGGAAGUUUGAUGGCCCAGGGCAAUAAUCUACAACAGGCUGCUGCAUCACUGUGGUGAUAAUGAUUGAAACCAUCAGUAGUUUUAGAUAUUAUCUUCUAUAGUAUGUUGUCUAAUGAUAGCCUCUUUAUAUUUGCUAGAAACCUAGCCAGAAGCAAUAGUCCCACUGGAUCAAACAGACUAGACAUCUGUGAUGCAGUCCUGGUUACUUUUCAGUUGUUAGUUACUUCCAGCAACUAACUUUUUGUUGCUAGAGGUUUCUUGAAUUUCUUACCACAUUGACCCUUGUGAUGACUCUUAGCAGCAUAUACAUGUGUUCCAUUGUAUAUGUUGAACAGUGAAUCUAUUGCCUUUUUAAUUGUAUUGCAUUUACAAGGAUUCCCUAGUUCAAAUAAUUUAUACUGGAAUCUCCUAGCUGCUCAAAUAAUAUUGAAGCAAUUCUGGGGGACCCUAAGGAA